ACUUACCGCUUCAGUGAUACGGAUGGACGGACUGUAUGUUGCUGAGAGUGGAAUUUACCCUUUAUAUCAGCUUUUCGACUACUGCCGACCUGCACUAAACUAAGAUGGAUGACGGCUUUGAAAUCAUCGGUUUUGAUGAAAUUAAAGAGUCACUGGCUCAUGAUGAUAUGCCAUCAGCUGUUGGCAAGAUUAAGAAUUAUUUUGAACAGCAAGAUCGCGUUGAACUGAACAUCGCCAUAACAGGCGAGUCUGGUUCUGGAAAAUCCACCUUCAUCAAUGCCUUUAGAGGAAUUGGUGAUGAGGAUGAAGGCUCUGCAGAAACUGGUGUCGUUGAGACGACUAUGGAGCCUACAGCUUACCCAUAUAAAAAAUACCCAAAUGUCCAAUUGUGGGAUCUCCCUGGUAUUGGAACACCCAACUUCAAAGCAGAUGAGUAUCUGCAGCAGGUUAAGUUUCAGCGCUAUGAUUUUUUCAUAAUCAUCGCAUCAGAUCGCUUCAGAGAAUGCCAUGCUCAUUUAGCAGCAGAGAUCGUCAAAAUGGAUAAGAGAUUCUACUUUGUUCGCUCAAAGAUUGACAGCAACAUUUCUGCUGAAAAAAGAAAGAAGACUUUCAACGAACAAAACACACUGGAUGCUAUCCGCAAAGACUGCACAGAAGGUCUGAAAAGGAUUGGAGUGGACUCUCCUGUUGUCUUCCUGAUCUCAGGCCAUUUCCUGGAUCUCUAUGAUUUUAACUCUCUUGAGGAGACCAUAGAAGUGGAACUUCCUCAACACAAGAGGCAUGUGCUGAUGCUGGCCCUCCCAAACCUCACUUUGGAGAUUAAUGAGAGAAAGAAGGCGGCCCUACAAAAAAAUAUAUGGAAGUUGGCUCUGCUCUCUGCUUGUGUUGCUGCAGUGCCUAUUCCUCUUGUAAAUGCAGCUCUUUCAAUUCAUGUUGAUGUGACAAUCUUGGUGUCAGAACUGGUGAAAUACUAUGAUACUUUCAGUCUCGAUCCUGCCUCCUUGCAAAGGCUCUCUGACAGAUCAGGGAAGUCAGUAGAUGAGCUGAAAGCUGUAAUGAAGUCCCCUCUAAGUAAAGAAAUCAAUAAAGAUCUGGUCAUUAAGUUGCUGGCUGGGAGCACCCUUGUUGCUGUAGACACAGUAGCAGAAUAUAUUCUAGGUUUCUUUCCUGGCAUAGGAUCUCUGGCAGCUGGUGCGCUGUCCUAUGGCACAGUGCAUGUCACACUGAAGCACUGUCUUGAUUGGCUAGCUCAAGAUGCUCACAAUGUGCUCAUAGCAGCUCUGCAAACCUCUGUGUAAAAAAAGGAGAAUAAAGCAAUGGGCAUAAAGUCAUUAAGGCUUUUUGCUUUCAAUGAAGAAUUAUAUAUCAAUAAUAUAAAAAUGACACAUGCAAGCAGAAUGUACUUUACUAUGUUUGCGAACGUUGAAAGCCCUGUGUUCGUAUGAACAGCUGUAGCUGUAACAGUUAGAGAUCAGUUGUAUGAAAAGGCAAAAUUUUCAUUAGAC